AUGGAAGAACCUCCCGGAAAACCCCUCAGCUGUGAAGAGAAGGAAAAGUUGAAAGAGAAACUAGCAUUCUUGAAAAGGGAAUACAGUAAGACAUUGGCCCGCCUUCAGCGUGCCCAGAGAGCUGAGAAGGUUAAGAAUUCUAUUAAGAAAACAGUAGAAGAAAAUUGUUUGCUCCAGCAGGAAGUUUCACCGUUGCCAAACUGCUCAGAACCUAAAAAUAAAGUAUCUCCAUGUGACAACUUACAAGUCAACACCCAUCUUGAUGAAGAAACUGGAGAAAAGACAUGUAUCACACUUGAUAUUAAGCCUGAGUCCUUUCACCUUGGAGGAGAUAGCCCAGUGGAAGAACUCCAUCUACAAAGAACAGAUGGUAUCCAAGAACAUUUUCCCUACAGGGCCAAUGCCCCUGGUGGUGAAAAAAGACAGAAUAAGCUGUCAGGGAGAAGAAAGCAGCAGCAGAAAAGAACAUGUAUUUCUCAGGACAAAAAAUCUUUCUUUGGCUCUGAUUCACUUCUACUGUCUGGAAAAAGACUAAAGGAACAGGAAAAAAUCAAUAGGGAAAAUUCUAAGACACCAAUAUCUGAAUUAAGAACUUACCUUUCUAGUCCUAAGUCUGAAAUUCCACAUUCUCCAGCGCCAGUUACUGAAACUAAUGGGAUGCCUAUAUUAAAACCACCAGUUGCCAAACCAGAAAGAGGUAUUGAUGGACUCUUACAAGGAAAUCCUUUGCAUACUCCCUCAUAUUCCAGUAGGGCUCAGCAACUUGAACACGUGCCUGCUGAAGCUAACUGGAAGCCUACUAACAGUAGUACUACUUCACCUGUAAACUUUGAAGUCCAAGGUAACAAAAUUGCUAUCUUUACAAGUAACCCAGUAGUAAAUAAAGAUUUAAGUCUAGGUGGCUACCUGCCUAGAAGUCCUAAAUUAACAGCAGAUAAUUCAUGUUUUGUAAAAGAAGUCACUUAUAAUAACUUACCAGGAAGUGAAAACCAAAAUAUAAAAGAACAGAUUCAUACAGAGAAGUUUUUAAAAUUUCCCAGUAAUAUUCUUGAUGGUAGAAAUGAAAAUCUUAAGAAGAUUGAGGUUCUAAAUCAGUCCGAGAGUUCUAGCCUAGAAUCAAUUUCUCCUGUUUCUAUAGCAAAUCAAACACGCUCUUGUACAGUGCUUGAAGGUCUUCUGUUUCCUGCAGAGUAUUAUGUUAGAACGACACGAAGCAUGUCAAAUCACAAAAGGAAUGUAGCCCUGGAAACUGUAAUUCAAAGUCACUUGGGUGUCCAGAAGAAAGGAUUUAAAAAUAAAAAUAAGGAGACAACAAAAAAUGUAAACCUUGCCUGUGAAGAAAUUGACCAAAGUGAAAUUAGCAUGUGUGAUACUUGGAUAGGACAACCAAGUUCAAGAAGUUCUCAGAAAUGUCUCUCAUUAACUAAAGUCAGCUGUCCCACUGGGCCUGCUAAAGAUAAUGACUUCACUAGUAAGUCAGUUACCCAGCCAUCUGGUAGGAAAAACAGAGGAAAACGAAAACCAAUCCACACCCCUCUGUUGGAUGAUUAUGAAUUUAUUUUGCCAACUUCUCGCACAACAAGUGUUGCCAGAUCCAAGGAAGACGUCGUCUUGCAUGAAGAGCAAAAGGAAAAGGAAAUUAUUCAUGGGAAGAAGGGUCUUUGGCAAAAAGAGAACUCCCUUUCUUCCAGAGAUCCUGGUUAUUGUUUAGUUUUGGACAAUGGUCCAUUUUACAAGGACGAAAUGCCCAGUUUAAAGCGAUUGUCAUCUUUUUUAAAAAUCACAGACUUUCAGUUGCCUGAUGAAGACUUUGGACCUCUUAAACUAAAAAAACUGAAAUCCUACUCAGAAAAAAGAAUGGUACCUUUUGAAUCAAAAAGGAAUGCAGAGAGGCGCCUUAAGGAGGGAGAUUAUGCUGUUUUAGAGGGACUGACUCCCAAACAGCUGGAGACAGAAAAGGAGGUCUUGGACAAGGAAUUCGUUGUUCAACUAGGAAAAGCACAUCCUAAGAUGCCAAACCUACAAAGCCAGCCUACGAACAAGGGUCUCACUUCAUCCAUGUUACUAUUCACUCCCUUAAAUACCGUUGUACCUGAGGAUGAUGUCAGAGUUACGGCAGACGCGUGUUCACCUCCCUUCCCCAGCUUAGGCACUACUCCACCUUUUGGCCCCCAAACAUGCUUCGAAAAUGUGUCUGCAGAGGUGGUCAGACAUUCUUGCUGUACACCCCAUCUUUCCGUCAGUCUCACCAGUGAUAAUAAACAAUACUCAAAACUGGGUACCAGCCACCGCACGUCAGAUAGGAAAGGACAAGAAGACUGUUAUUGUGACUCGGGCUCCCAAGUAGCACCUCCACCUCUGGAAUCAUUCACUGCCAAAGGAGACCAGCUGUGUGGAAGUACAGGCCUGGAAUUGUGCACAGGUUUAGUUGGACAGACUGAAGUAACAGACCUUCCUGCUUGUGACGGCAACCUACAAUUGGUUUCAAAGCUAAAGAAUCCUUCAGGUUCCUGUUCUGUGGAUGUGAGUGCCAUGUGGUGGGAAACCGCUGGUUAUAAAGAGCCAUGCAUCAUAACUGCUUGUGAAUAUGUAGUUUCUCUUUGGAAACCUGUGGAUACUGGGCAGUGGAAAAAAGUUUGUACUUGGCAUUUCACAGAGGUUCCAGUAUUACAAAUAGUCUCAAUGCCUGAUGUUUGUAAUCUUGUGUGUGUGGCUCUGGGAAAUUUGGAAAUCAGAGAAAUCAGGGCAUUGCUUUAUUCCUGUGAUGAUGUAAGUGAGAAGCAGUUGCUACUGAAAUCUGGGAAUAUAAAAGCUGUGCUUGGCCUGACAAAGAGAAGGCUGAUCAGCAGUAGCGGAACCCUUUGUGAUCAGCAAGUGGAAAUCAUGAUGUUUGCCGAAGAUGGAAGAAGCAUAGAAAAAAAAUUUUUGAUGCCCCCUGAAGAGACUAUACUAACUUUUGCUGAAGUCCAAGGAAUGCAGGAAGCUCUGCUUGGUACCACUAUAAUGAACAACAUUGUUAUUUGGAAUUUAAAAACGGGUCAGCUCCUGAGAAAGAUGCACAUGGGCGAUUGCUACCAGGCCUCAGUCUGUCACAAAGCCUAUUCGGAAAUGGGACUCCUGUUUGUUGUUCUGAGUCAUCCCUGUGCCAAAGAGAGUGAGUGGCUGGGAAGCCCCGUGUUUCAGCUGAUUGUCAUCAACCCCAAGACGGCCCGGAGUGUGGGUGUGCUCCUCUACUGUCUCCCUCCAGGACAGGCUGGCAGGUUCCUGGAAGGUGAUGUUAAAGAUCAUUUAGCAGCGGCAGUGUUGACUUCUGGAACAAUUGCCAUUUGGGACUUACUUUUGGGCCAUUGUACUACUCUUCUCCCACCUGUCUCGGACCAAAAUUGGUCUUUUGUGAAGUGGUCAGAUACAGAUUCUCAUUUGCUGGCUGGACAAAAAGAUGGAAAUAUAUAUGGGCCGCUAGGGGCCGCUAGCGCCGCCGAGGCCCCGCAGCGCCGCUCUGUGCGUCGCCUGCGCGGGACGAGCGAGGAAUCCCGGCCUCGAGGCUGCGGCGCAGUGCAUCCUGGGUUGGUGUAG